CAGUCGCCCUCUCUUUCACUCUGUCGGUGGCUUUGGUCUGCCCUCCCUCUGCCUCACCCACCUUUCCACAUCCAUCGACGGGUCAAACCCACCCAAAGGAGACGCCACCACUGCCCAAUCAGGCGUCCGCCGCCAGUACACCUCAGGACAGCACGACACACUCUCUACUACACCACCCCCACUACCCUCACCCCGGCCCCCCAUGAGGUCAUGGAACCUCUCAAAGUCUAUCCAUGUAUGCCACUCCCCCGUCACAUCGUCCCGCAAUCGGUGGCUGGCGAUCAGCACCGAGUUGGAGUGGGCAUGCUCACACGCCAAUGAGUAGGAUGCGGCCGCCGACACCGCACCCGCAUGACCAGCUUCUGCUCCAUCACCACUCGGUUCGUUGCUCAGGGCCUCGACGAGCUGCUGGGCGAAUGCCUUGGUUUCCCACUGCUGCGGCACAUUCGUCAUCCGCAGCUGCAUUUGCCUCGACGCGCCAGGGAAGGUCAUGCCUUUCACCUCAACCAAGUCGGGCCGGCCGCGAUGAAUCAAAUCAGCAUAGCCCUGCACCUCGGUGUCGUUCCACUCCUUGACGACGGUCAGCCGAAACACUGUCCUCUCCCGCCGCUCUCGAAGCGCGUCAACCGAGUCGAGCAGACGGCCCCACGCAUCCUUGAACAAAGGCCGGUCUAUCUUCACGAGGGCGUCCUCUGACGGGGCAUCGACCGAUAGAUAGAGCUGCGUGACGGGCGACAGGGUGCGAAUCAGCUCGGGAUGCUGGCCGUUGGUCACGAGAAAGGUCGAGAUGCGGCGCUCGUGGAGCAUGGCGGUGAGCUGGUUGAUGUGGGGGUACAUGAUUGGCUCGCCGACCAAAGACAGGGCGCAAUGCUGAGGGCUCAGGGCCUCUUGUAGCCGCUCUGGUGUGACGCCCGGCGCAGAGGCCAUUUGCUGGACCAUCCUCUUGUGUGCCGCAACAGCAUGCUCGAUGAUCAUCUCUGGCGGAUCAGCAGUCCACCGGAAGCCUUUGCUCACGGGGUGGGUGUGGUGGCGCCUGACGUCAGCAACGCAGUAGCACAGAAUACACAGCACAGCAUCCCACAAUGAAUGCAAGAGAUCCGGUCAGGUCGGCUCACCAGCAGAAGACACAUCGAUUCGCACACGCGAGGGAUGUGGUGGUCUCCAUGCACCUGGUGAACAAGGAGCUGCAGAGAAAUGAUUCAUACCUUCUACCUACCGCACCUGUGCGACUCGAUGCCGUAGAAGGUGUGCUUAUAGCAUCCGCCCCGCCCUUUCAUUUGGCUCUUUGUCCACCGACACAUCUAUGUCACCACACAAGAACACACACACACACACACUGCAGUCAGUAGUGUGUCAUUCAUAUCGCCCCGGCGCAGCCGACCUUGACGGCGCUGUGAGUGCCGACCAGCUGAUAGCCCUGCUGAGAGAGAUUCUGCCUCAGCAACGGGUUGAGCAUCUCAGGCCGCUGGUUCCCUGCAGAUGGCGAUGAGCCGUAUCCUUCAUUCGCCUUGAGCGAAGCUGUGAUGCUGAAGCGCCUUGAUGAUUGGAGAAAGAUCUUUCCAGAUCUCAACCUGCAUGGGGUGGGAUGUGCGACCUUCAUCCUUGCGACCUUCGUCCCUGUCGUGCUUUAGUCCAACUCCC